AUGCCUGACUCUCGCAGGCCGACGAUGCUGUGGCCAGGAAAAUGUAAUGUGAAGCUAUCCCAAGGCGAGCGACGUUUGUGCGACCUUUCAGCGGCAAAAAAUGGCCAGGACUCAAGAAGGGUACAGUUCGGGGACUUCAGUCAACUAAUGCAAGAAUUAAGGUUGGAAGAUGAAGGUUCAUUCUACAACUACCUCCGGAUGGAGCCGGCGAUGUUCGACGAGUUGUUGCAAAGGGUAGGCCCAAGGAUCACGAAGCGAGAAACCAGUUGGAGACAAAGUUUGGAACCUGGUCUGAAGUUGGCUGUGAGCCUCAGGUUCCUUGCUACUGGGGACAAGUACCCUACCCUCCAGUAUCAGUAUCGAGUGGCGCGUAACACAAUCAGCAAGUUUGUGCCGGAAGUGUGCCGAGCGAUCCGAAAAGAGUACAAGAAUGAGGUUAUGACCUGCCCAAGAACCUCUCAAGAGUGUCAAGCUGUUGCAGAGGACUUCAAGAAAAGGUGGAAUGUCCCGCGUGCAUGUGGUGCCAUAGAUGGAAAGCAUGUUGCAAUGCGAUGUCCUCCCAACACAGGAACCCUAUAUCACAACUACAAGGGCUUCUUAUCCGUGGUACUCCUCGCCUUGGUCGAUGCUAACUACAAGUUCCUCUGGGCUGAUGUUGAACUGAAGCAGUGCCUCGAUGAAGCUUCCAUCUAUUUCCCCGAUCCUGAACCACUACCAAAUGAUGACACUGACACACCAUACUUCUUCCUUGGUGAUGACGCAUUUGGCCUGAGGACCUACAUGAUGAAGCAGUACUCUGUCAAGGGACUCAACAAGGAACAACGGAUCUUCAACUAUCGUAUCUCUCGUGUACGACGUGUGGUGGAGAAUGCGUUCGGCAUUCUAGCUCAGCGACUUCAGCUGCUCCUCACUACGAUGCAGUUGUUGCCUGCAGUGGUCCAGGAUGUGCUGGAGGGGUGCAUCUGUCUUCACAACUUAAUGCGCGACAGAUAUCCAGCUCUACAGGAUGCCGCACUGGAUCAAGAGGAUGAGAAUCAUAACCUCAUCCCUGGAGAAUGGCGACAAGAAGCAAACAUGCAUGAGGUGGAACAAGACGUGGUGAGGACCGGCUUUGACGCAGUGGGAACCGAUAAGCACGCAGUGGUGACCCAUGUGGAUUGCAAGGACGGCAUGGACGUGGACCAGUUUUGA